AUGGGCAUUCGCACGGACCACGGCGCUUUCUACAGCACCAGCUCCGUGUUCACAAAUUCUUUGAACGGGUCGAAUUACAGCAGCGGGGGGAAUGUCGAGCACGGUCUCUCCGUCAUGGCGAUGACAAUUGGACCCGACGGUGGUCGUCGGAGUCUCGAUAGCCUCGAGCCCUCAGCUGUGCUCGGCAACAACAACCGCUUCGUCGCGGGCAGCAAGUUCUUUAAUUACCAGCAAUUCGGAGCCCUGCGUGAAGGCGGGAGCGUCAGUCUCUUUUCGGCGUCUUACUUUGGUCUGCUCGUUGCGACGGCCCAGAGCAGUAUCGUCUAUGCGGCCCUGCGGUUCUGUAUGCGACCGACACUUAUGCACUCGCUCAUGCUCGAGCGAUCCGAGAGCUCCGUCGUCAUUGAGUGUCUCUUGAGUAUUCCCACGACGCUCAGCUUCUUUCUUGGGUUGCUGUCGGACGUUGUGCCAAUUGCUGGAUAUCGUCGAAAGUCGUACAUGAUUACUGGGACUUUGCUGAGUUUCGUUAUGUGCAUGGGGCUGAUGAUUUUAUCGGCAACCUCCUGCGUCGAAAGCUCCAGCGAGAGCAAGCGCAGCUACCACAUUGUUCAUUACAUGGUGCUCAUCAUUGGCGCAACUUCCGGAACGAUGCUCAGUAAAAUAGCCACAGAUGCACGAGUGAUUGAGCUAUCCCAACGGGAACCGCUCACUGCACGUGGAAAGCUGCAGAUCAACUACUUACUCUUUCGUACAGGUAUCGAGUGGAUUGGACUCUGGCUGACCGCAGCGCUCGUGCGGUACGACAAUGAGUAUCGGAGCUACGCUUUACAAAUUGAUCCGUUCUGGGCCUAUGCUACAUUGGCCCUGCUGAGUCUCGUACCUGUGCCCUUCGUCUUGCGUAAUUGCAGCGAACGCAAGGCUCGAGUCGACGUUGGCACAAUUCAUGGAGAAGUUCUUGAAGAGGUUGGUGUGCCUAUGAUCUCCUCGGCAUCUUCGACACCUACCGCUCGUGUUGGUGCUUUCUUUCGCAUGUGCCAACAGCGAGCGAUGUGGCAACUUGUCGUGUUCCUGUGUAUCCUGUUGGCGACCACCCGUUUCCAGUUUGACUCGGCUAAUGCAGUGCUUGUCAUUAUGGCGAAGCUGAACCCGAACACUGCCCUCGUGACGAAUGCGCUCAAGUAUGUAUCGACUCUGAUUUCCAUGAUCAUGUGGAAAGUGUUUUGGACCAACUCGUCUUGGCGGUGGUGUGUAAGUCUCGGUGUUGCUGUCACAAUCGUACCGGAGACUAUUCGCGCUAUCAUGAUGAUUUACGUGCCGUCAGUCCGUGGUCAGGCUUUCUACGACGCUCUCGGGUGUAUUCCGGGUUUUACGGACGGGAUCAUUACGAUAUUCUCGCUCAUUCCGGCAACGGAGAUCGCUGAAAACGGCUCGGAAGGUGCUACGCAGGGAAUGUUGUUAUCAUUCCGCAGCACAAUUGCUGUUGCUAUGCGAACUCUUAGCAGUGACUGGAUGUCUGACAUUGCCCCUGUGAGUAUAAGCAGCGGAACGAGUCUGCUCCUGUUGCUACUCCUCAUCUCAUUUGUUGUACACGGUUUGGCUUUCUUCUCGGUGCUUUUGCUGCCCCGCCAGAAGCUGGAUGCACAGCAAAUGCGGGUAUACGGCGGCUACAGCAAGUUCGCGUGUAUUGCGAUUUGGAUCAUCUAUAUCGUCUUCUUUGUCUACGCUAUGGCUGUGAAUUUCAAGGCCAUGGCUGACAUGGCGGGCUAG